GAUAUAAUAUGCGCCCUCUAUUAUUAAUGUUGUGUGCAUGAAGUUGUUUUGAAAAUUGAAUUUAAAAAGUACGAAAUAUGAGUUUAUCAUUGAGAUCAGAUUUUGCAGUGGAAAAGCCAAGAAGACGGAAGCGGAGAGAGUUAACAGAAGAACAAAAACAGGAAAUAAAAGAAGCAUUUGAUCUCUUUGACACAGAUAAAGAUAAAGCCAUUGAUUAUCAUGAACUCAAGGUCGCUAUGAAAGCCCUUGGGUUUGAGGUGAAGAAGGCUGAUGUCAAGAAAGUGAUAAAGGAUUAUGACAGAGAGGGAACAGAAAAGAUUACUUUUGAGGAUUUCAAUGAAGUCAUCACAGAUUGGAUGUUGGAGAGAGAUCCUCGUGAUGAAAUCAUGAAAGCUUUCAAGCUCUUUGAUGAUGAUGACUCUGGGAAAAUCAGCAUCAGGAAUCUGAGACGAGUUGCUAGGGAACUGGGAGAAAACAUGACAGAUGACGAACUCAGAGCUAUGAUUGAUGAAUUUGAUCAUGAUGGUGAUGGAGAAAUCAACCAAGAUGAAUUUCUAGCUAUCAUGACAGGAGACACAUGAUCAAACUAGAGCCCAUAAACUCUUCCACAAAACUCUAUGAGGUCACUACAAGUAAUCCUGAAAUAGAAAAUGAAUUUGGAUGUGUAUGUGAGGAGGCUGCUUUAUGGUGAAGGACCAAGAUUUGAUGUCAGAUGCAAUUCCAUGGUUUUGAAACCCAAAGAAAGUUCUUCAACUUCAACUCUUCUGCCUGAGGCUGAGCAAUUCUUUAUGAACGCCAGAUCAUGCAACUUCACAAGUUAUUCAUGAACGUUCUUUAUGGUUCCUGCUGUAACAUCAUACCAAAGACUUUAUAGAAAAUAUUACUCAUAAGUCAUAACUGAAUUGUAAAG